AUGGGGUCCCUGCGGAGCUGGUGGACACUCUGGACCGGAGCAACCCUCCUGUGGGGGGUGACCCAGGGGGCCUCGGUGAACCCCCAGGACACCGGGGAGGUGGAAUUCUUCGCAGCCUUCCUACAGAACUACCUGCCAGGGUACCGCCAGGCCUCCCUCCAGCUCCUCCUCUCCAGCCUGUCGGACAGCCCCGCCUCAGUCUCCAUUGCCAGCCAGGCAGAUGGCACCUCCCAGAAUGUCAUAGUGAAGCCCGCGCGGUCAGUCAUGGUCACCAUCAGCGCCGAAGCUGAGAUGGUCGGCAGUAAUACCUUCCGACGAGCGGUGCUGAUCCGCUCAGACCGCGCGAUCUCUGCGCAGGCCGUAAACACUAAGCCCGACACGGCAGAGCUGACGCGGCUGUGGCCCGUCCAUACCCUGGGCACUGAGUAUUUUGUGUUUACGCCUCCCAGCACCUCCUCCAAGCACUUGAAGGAGUUCGCUGUGGUGGCUGGGGCAGCGGGAGCCUCAGUCAGUAUUCAGCUGGUGGGGGCAGUGACCUUCAACAACAAGUUCUACCCAGCGGGCAGUGUCCUGAGCCUGACUCUGGAGCCCUACCGCGUGGCCCAGGUGCAGGGCACCGCUGAACUGUCGGGCUCAAAGAUCACGGCCAGUAGCCCCGUGGCUGUGUUCUCCGGCCACAGCUGCGCCCAGAAACACACCAACUGCAACCAUGUGGUAGAGCAGCUGCUGCCCACGUCCGCCUGGGGCACCCACUAUGUGGUGCCCUCUCUGUCCUCCCAGACCCGCUACGACCUGGCCUACGUCGUGGCCAGCCAGCCCACGAAGCUCACCUACCAGCAGGGGGGCACCACCGGCUCCCGCGGGCUCCGGGCAGGUGAUGUGGCCGAGUUUGAGGUCCGACCGUCCCAGCCCCUCUACCUAUCUGCAGACGUGGGCAUCCAGGUCCUGCAGUUCGGCACAGGUGCCGUGAGGGAUGGAGUCACCUAUGACCCCUACCUGACCUUGAUCCCGGACGUGGCGGCUUACUGCCCUGGCUAUGUGGUGAAGAGCAUGCCAGGCGCUAAGGGCGUGGCUGUGGUGGUGGCCCGGACGAACGCUGUUAAGGAGCUGACCACGGAAGGGCGCAGGGUGGGGGCCGAUCUCUUGUGGACAGCUGUGCCAGGCAGUGAGUUCUCGUACGCCGAAGUGGAGCUUGGCACUGCUGACAACAUCCACAUGAUUGAGGCCACUACCAACUUCGGGCUGCUCACCUUUGGGCUGGCCAGCGCCAUCAGCUACGGGACAGUAGGUGCCUGCGGCCGAACCCCGCCUUCCCCAGCCCAGGAGACCUGCCAAAACGUGCAGUGCACUCCCCAGCAGCAGUGCCAGGUGGUGGGCAGGCAGGCCCGGUGUGUGGCGGUCCCCGUGGCCACCUGCCGCGCCCAGGGUGACCCGCAUUACACCACCUUCGACGGCCGCCGCUACGACAUGAUGGGCACGUGCCUGUACACCGUGGUGGAGUUGUGCAGCGAGGACCAGAGCCUGCCCGCUUUCAGCGUGGAGGCCAAGAACGAGCACCGGGGCAGCCGCCGCGUCUCGUACGUGGGCCUGGUCACCGUGCGCGCCUACAGCCACUCCGUAUCGCUGGUCCGCGGGGAGGUCGGCUUCGCCCGGAUCGACAACCAGCGCUCGCGCCUGCCCGCCUCCCUGGCCGACGGUCGCCUGCGCGUGUACCAGAGUGGGACGCGGGGCGUGGUGGAGCUGGACUUCGGGCUGGUGGUCACCUACGACUGGGACUGCCAGCUGGCCCUGAGCCUGCCCGAGCGCUUCCGAGAGCAGGUGUGCGGACUGUGUGGCAACUACAACGGCAACCCCGCCGACGACUUCCUCACGCCCGAGGAGGAGCUGGCGCCGGACCCCAUGGAGUUCGCCAGUAGCUGGAAGCUGGACGACGGGGACUUCCUGUGUGACGACGGCUGCCAAAACAACUGUCCCUCCUGCACCGCGGGCCAGGCCCAGCACUACGAGGGCAGCCGGCUCUGCGGCAUGCUGACCCAGCCCGAUGGCCCCUUUGCCGCCUGCCACAGCGCGCUGCCGCCCCGGCCCUUCCUGGAGGAGUGUGUGUACGACCUGUGUGUGCUCAGCGGGGACCGGUCCAGCCUGUGCCGCAGCCUCAGCGCCUACGCCCAGGCCUGCCUGGAGCACGGCAUCUCUGUCGGAGACUGGAGGUCACCAGCCAACUGUCCCCUGUCCUGCCCUCCCAACAGCCGCUAUGAGCGGUGCGGCCCCGCCUGCCCGGCCACCUGCAACUCGGAGGCGGCGCCGUCCAACUGCUCCGGCCGCCCGUGCGUGGAGGGCUGCGUGUGCCUCCCAGGCUUCGUGGCCAGCGGCGGCGGCUGCGUGGCGGCCGCGUCGUGCGGCUGCACCUUCCAGGGCCGCCCGCUCGCCCCGGGCCAGCAGGUGUGGGCGGACGAGCAGUGCCGACGGCGCUGCACUUGCGACGGCGCCACCCAGCAGGUGCGCUGCACCGACACGCAGGGCUGUCCAGCGGGCGAGCGCUGCCGUGUCCAGAAUGGCCUCCUGGGUUGCUACCCCGACCGCUUUGGGAGCUGCCAGGGGUACGGGGACCCGCACUACGUGAGCUUCGACGGCCGGCGCUUCGACUUCAUGGGCACCUGCACUUACCUGCUGUCCGGCUCGUGCGGCCAGGCCGCGGGGUUGCCUGCCUUCCGGGUGCUGGUGGAAAACGAGCACCGGGGCAGCCAGACCGUGAGCUACACGCGCGCCGUGCGCGUGGAGACCCGCGGCGUGAAGGUGGAGGUGCGCCGGGAGUACCCCGGGCAAGUGCUGGUGGAUGGCGUCCUUCAGCACCUGCCCUUCCAGGCCGCAGACGGCCAGGUGCAGGUGUUCCUCCAGGGUCAAGACGCCGUUGUGCGCACGGACUUUGGCCUGACCGUCACCUACAACUGGAAGGAGCGUGUCAUCGCCAAGGUGCCCAGCAGCUAUGGCGGGGCCCUUUGCGGCCUGUGCGGGAACUUCAACGGGAACCCAGGUGACGACCUGGCCCUGCGUGGUGGAGGCCAAGCUCCCAACGCGCUGGCCUUCGGGAACAGCUGGCAGGAGGAGACGAGGCCAGGCUGCGAGGCCACCGAGCCAGGUGACUGUCCCAAGCUGGAUUCCCUGGUGGCCCAGCAACUGCAGAGCAAGAAGGAGUGCGGGAUCCUUGCCGACCCUCAGGGGCCCUUCCGGGAGUGUCAUGCCAAGCUGGACCCACAGGGCGCCCUGCGUGACUGCGUCUACGACCGCUGCCUGCUGCCGGGCCAGUCGGGGCCACUGUGUGAUGCACUGGCCACUUAUGCUGCUGAGUGCCAGGCCGCUGGGGCCACCGUGCACCCCUGGAGGAGUGAGGAGCUUUGCCCUCUGAGCUGCCCGCCCCACAGCCACUACGAGGCGUGCUCCCGCGGCUGCCCGCUGUCCUGCGGAGACCUCCCAGUGCCCGGGGGCUGUGGCUCCGACUGCCACGAGGGCUGCGUGUGUGACGAGGGCUUCGCGCUCAGCGGUGAGUCCUGCGUGCCCCUGCCCGCGUGCGGCUGCACUUACCAGGGCAUCUACCACCCGCCGGGCCAGACCUUCCACCCGGGCCCCGGGUGCGAUUCCUUGUGCCGCUGCCAGGAGGGCGGCCUGGUGACCUGUGAGCCCUCCACCUGCGGGCCGCACGAGGCCUGCCGGCCAGCCGGAGGCAUCCUGGGCUGCGUGGCCGUGGGCUCUGCCACCUGCCAGGCAUCGGGAGACCCCCAUUACACCACCUUCGACGGCCGCCGCUUCGACUUCAUGGGCACCUGCGUGUAUGCGCUGGCUCGGACCUGCGGGACCCGGCCCGGCCUGGAGUCCUUCGCCGUCCUGCAGGAAAAUGUGGCCUGGGGCAAUGGGAGGGUCAGCGUGACCAAGGUCAUCACUGUCCAGGUGGCUAACUUCACCCUACGGCUGGAGCAGAAUCAGUGGAAGGUCACGGUGAACGGCGUGGACAUGAAGCUGCCCGUGGUGCUGGCCCAGGGCCGGGUCCGCGCCUUCCAGCACGGCUCAGACGCUGUGAUUGAGACCGACUUCGGCCUGCGUGUGGCCUAUGACCUCGUGUACAAUGUGCGGGUCACCGUCCCAGGCAACUACCACCGGCAGCUGUGUGGCCUGUGCGGGGACUAUAAUGGUGACUCCAAGGAUGACUUCCGGAAGCCGGACGGCACACAGGCAGGCGGCCCCACCGAGUUCGGCAACUCGUGGGAGGAGGCGGUGCCGGGCUCUCCGUGCCUGCCGCCACCCACCUGCAAGCCGGGUGAGGGCUGUGGCCCGGACCUGGAGUGUAGACCUGAGCUGCAGGAGAAGUACCAGCAGGAGAAGUUCUGUGGGCUCCUCACCAGCCCCACUGGGCCGCUGGCCGCCUGCCACAAGCUGGUCGAUCCCCAGGGUCCCUUGAAAAACUGCGUCUUUGACCUCUGCUUGGGUGGUGGGAACGAGAGCAUUCUCUGCAGCAACAUCCACGCCUACGUGAGUGCUUGCCAGGCGGCUGGAGGCCAGGUUGGGCCCUGGAGGACCGAAUCAUUCUGCCCAAUGAAGUGCCCCCCCAACAGCCACUACAAGCUCUGUGCAGAUACCUGCUCCCUGACUUGCUCGGCACUCAGUGCCUCCCCCCAGUGCCCGGAGAGCUGUGCCGAGGGCUGCCAGUGCAACCCCGGCUUCCUCAGUGAUGGCCAGGCCUGUGUACCCAUCCAGCAAUGUGGCUGCUACCACAACGGCGUCUACUAUGAGCCGAACCAGGAGGUCCUGAUCGACAGCUGCCAGCAACAGUGCGUGUGCCACCCCGGGAAAGACCUGGUGUGCCAGGCCCACAGCUGCAAGCCAGGGCAGGUGUGCGAGCCUGCAGGAGGCGUCCUGAGCUGUGUCACCAAAGACCCGUGCCACGGUGUGACGUGUCGGCCACAGGAGACAUGCCAGGAGAAGGACGGCCAGGGUGUGUGCGUGCCCAACUACGAGGCCACGUGCUGGCUGUGGGGCGACCCGCACUACCACUCCUUCGAUGGCUGGGACUUCGACUUCCAGGGCACCUGCGACUACGUGCUGGCGGCCGCCGGCUGCCCAGGGGUCAAAGCCCAGGGCCUGACCCCCUUCACCGUCACCACCAAGAAUGAGAACCGGGGCAACCCUGCUGUGUCCUUUGUCAGGCGCGUCACCGUGUCUGCCCUCAGAGUCAACAUCUCCAUCCACAAAGGCGAGAUCGGCAAAGUCCGGGUGAACGGGGUGCUGACGGCGCUGCCAGUCUCUGUGGCCGGUGGGCGGAUCUCGGUGACCCAGGGCGCGUCGAAAGCGGUGCUGGCAGCCGACUUCGGGCUUCGGGUCACCUAUGACUGGGACUGGCGAGUGGAGGUGACUCUGCCUAGCAGCUAUCACGGCGCAGUGUGUGGGCUCUGCGGGAACAUGGACCGCAACCCCAGCAACGACCGAGUGUUUCCGAACGGCACGCUGUCCCCCUCCAUACCGGUGUGGGGCGGCAGCUGGCGAGCUCCAGGCUGGGACCCGCUGUGCUGGGAUGAGUGUCAGGGCUCCUGUCCAUCGUGCUCUGGGGACCAAGUGGAGGAGUACAAGGGCCCUGGCUUCUGUGGGCCCCUGGCUCCUGGCGCAGGAGGACCCUUUGCUGCCUGCCAUGCCCAAGUGGCUCCCGACAGCUUCUUCAAGGGCUGCGUUCUGGAUGUCUGCUUAGGCGGCGGGGCCCAUGACAUCCUCUGUAAGGCCCUGGCCGCCUAUGCCGCUGCCUGCCAGGCCGCCGGGGUCGCCAUUAAGGAUUGGAGGGAGCAGGCUGGCUGUGAGAUAUCCUGCCCCGACAACAGCCACUACGAGCUCUGCGGCCCACCCUGCCCGGCCAGCUGCCCAUCCCCCACGCCCCCCACGACCCCAACGCUAUGUGAGGGCCCCUGUGCUGAGGGCUGCCAGUGCGACUCAGGCUUCGUGUUGAGUGCCGACCAAUGCGUUCCCCUGGACGGCGGCUGUGGCUGCUGGGCCAACGGCACCUACCAUGAAGCUGGCAGCGAGUUCUGGGCCGAUGCCACCUGCUCCCAGAGGUGCCACUGCGGGCCUGGGGGUGGCUCGGUGGUCUGCAAGCCUGCCAGGUGUGGGCCAGGCGAAGAAUGUGCCCUGCUGCCCUCGGGCCAGCUCGGCUGCCAUCCCGCCAGCACGGCUGAGUGUAAGGCCUGGGGUGACCCCCAUUACAUCACCCUGGAUGGGCACCGAUUCGACUUCCAAGGCACCUGCGAGUACCUGCUGAGUGCGCCCUGCUCCGCACCAGCCCAGGGUGUUGAGAACUUCACAGUCACUGUAGCCAAUGAGCACCGGGGCAGCCAGGCCGUCAGCUACACCCGCAGCGUCACCCUGCACAUGUAUGGCCACAGACUGACCCUUAGUGCCCGCUGGCCCCAAAAGCUGCAGGUGGACGGCGAGCUCGUAGCACUGCCCUACCAACUGGACUCGCGCCUGCGAGCGUACCUGAGUGGCGCAGACGUGGUGGUGACCGCCGCCACCGGGCUCUCUCUGACUUUCGACGGCAACAGCUUCGUGCGCCUGCGCGUGCCGGCGGCGUACGCGGGCGCCCUCUGUGGCCUGUGCGGGAACUACAACCGGGAUCCAGCCGAUGACCUGAAGGCUGUGGGCGGAAACCCAGCAGGCUGGCAGGUGGGCGGCCAGGAGGGAUGCGGGGAGUGCGUGCCCGGGCCAUGCCCGCCGCAGUGCACGCCUCAGCAGCAGGAGGCCUUCGGCGGCCGGGACGCUUGCGGCGUGAUCUCGGCCGCCGACGGCCCGCUGGCGCCCUGCCACCGCCUCUUGCCGCCAGAGCACUACUUCAAGGCCUGCUUGCUGGAUGCCUGCCAAGCCCAGGGCCAUCCGGGUGGCCUCUGCCCUGCCGUGGAGGCCUAUGUGGCAGCCUGCCAGGCCGCGGGGGCCACGCUCGGCGAGUGGAGGCGGCCGGAUUUCUGUCCCCUCCAGUGCCCUCCCCACAGCCACUACAAGCUCUGCGGUGACUCCUGCCCCGUGAGCUGCCCAAGCCUGUCUGUGCCCGAGGGCUGCGUGCAGACCUGUCGGGAGGGCUGCGUCUGUGAUGCCGGCUUCGUGCUCAGCGGUGACACCUGUGUGCCUGUGGGCCAGUGUGGAUGCAUCCACGACGGCCGCUACUACCCUCUGGGCCAGUCCUUCUACCCGGGCCCUGAGUGUGAGCGGCGCUGCGAGUGCGGGCCGGGUGGCCAAGUCACUUGCCAGCAGGGCGCAGCCUGCGGGCCCUACGAGGUGUGUCGAGUGGAGGACGGCGUCCAGGCCUGUCACCCUACAGGCUGUGGCCGCUGCCUGGCCAAUGGGGGUGUCCACUACGUCACCCUUGAUGGGCGUGUCUAUGACCUCCAUGGCUCGUGCUCCUACAUCUUGGCCCAAGUCUGCCACCCAAAGCCUGGGGACGAGGACUUUGUCAUUGUGCUUGAGAAGAAUGCAGCCGGAGAGCCCCAGCAGCUGGUGGUUACUGUGGCUGGCCAGGUGGUGGUGCUGGCACGGGGGUCAAGGGUCACCAUCGACGGCGAGGCUGUGGCCCUGCCUGUGGCUGUGGGUCGUGUGCGGGUGACCGCCGAGGGCCGGAACAUGGUUCUCCAGACAACCAAGGGACUGCGGCUUCUCUUUGACGGUGAAGCUCACAUCCUCAUAUCCAUCCCGAGCCCCUUCCGUGGCCGGCUCUGUGGCCUCUGUGGGAACUUCAAUGGCAACUGGAGCGACGACUUUGUCCUGCCCAGUGGCGCCGUGGCCCCCAGCGUGGACGCCUUCGGGGCCAACUGGCGGGCGCCCAGCUCUUCCCAGGGCUGUGGCGAGGGCUGUGGGCCGGGCGGCUGUCCCGUGUGCUCAGCGGAGGAGACGGCGCCCUAUGAGAAUGUCAAGGCCUGCGGCCGACUCCGGGACCCCCACGGCCCUUUCGCGGCCUGCCACGCGGUGCUGAACCCCUCCGAAUACUUCCGCCAGUGCGUGUAUGACAUGUGUGUCCACAAAGGCAACACCGCCUUCCUCUGCCGCAGCCUGGCCGCUUACAUGGCGGCCUGCCAGGCGGCCGGUGGGGCCGUGAAACCCUGGAGGACAGACAGCUUCUGCCCGCUCCAGUGCCCCGCCCACAGCCACUACUCAGCCUGCACGCGCUCAUGCCAGGGCUCUUGUGCUGCUCUCUCCGGCCUCACGGGCUGCACCAGCCGCUGUUUUGAGGGCUGCGAGUGUGACGACCGCUUCCUGCUCUCGCAGGGCACCUGCGUCCCCGUGCAGGACUGCGGCUGCGCCCACGAUGGUCAUUACUUGCCGGUGAACUCCUCACUGCUGAGCUCAGACUGCAGCAAGCGCUGUUCCUGCUCCUCACGCACCGGCCUGACGUGCCAGACGGCCAGCUGCACACCAGGCCGUGUAUGUGAGGUCCAGGCUGGGGCCCGGGACUGCUGGGCCCCCCAAGGUCUCUGUUCCCUUUCGAUGGGUGCCAACCUCACCACCUUUGAUGGGCUCCGCAGAGCAGUCACCUCCCCGGGCAGCUACGACGUGUCUUCCCGCUGCCCAGGACCACAGAAAACCAUCCCCUGGUACCGUGUGGUCGCUGAUGUCCAGCCCUGCCACGGCAGACUCGAGGCUGUGGGCCGGACCCACAUCUUCUUCCAGGACGGGCUCGUGACUGUGAGCCCCAUGAAGGGCGUGUGGGUGAAUGGUCUCCGAGUGGCACUCCCAGCUGAGGUGUUAACAUCUGUGUCCGUGCGUCAGAACCCCGAUGGCUCCGUGCUAGUCCAGCAGAAAGCAGGGGUCCAGGUUUGGCUUGGCACCAAUGGGCAGCUGGCUGUGAUAGUCAGCAGGGACCAUGCUGGGAAGCUGUGUGGGGCCUGUGGAAACUUUGAUGGGGACCAGACCAAUGAUGGGCUUGACUCCCAGAAGACGACAUUGGAGAGCUGGAGAGCUCAGGACUUCUCCCCAUGUCACACCUGAUCAGCCAUCCACCAGGAAUGAGGACUUCAGGACCAGAUUCUCCUGGAGACUGCAGUAAUUGGAGGCUGCACAGUGUCCCUGUGUGUCCCUAUGCUAUUCUACCCCUUUAAUGAGCCACUGAGGCCAACUGCAAGAGCACUGAAUAAAUAUCUUAGGCUAAGCUGCA